AAGAAGUAAUUUUAAAUUGACUUGUAAAUAUAAAUAUAAUAAAUUAAAAUAGGCGCACUGAAGAUAUUAGAUAUGUAUGUAAUAGCAAAUGUGUUCAGUGAGUUGCCUACCUUAAAAGUGUAUAACCUGACGCAUUUUGUUUCCAAACACGUGUCUGUCACAACAUUCUUCUUGGAAGCCUGAAAAAAAUGACUCGCUUUGCACGUGCGAAAGGCUCCAAAGCGUCUAAUGAGCGCGUUGCUGAAGAAGCUACAUCAUGGGCUGAGAUGAAGCAUCAAUUGAAUGAAAAGAAAGAAGAAGUGGAGCAUCAGAAGAAGCAAAAGGAAGCUGACCUAAAACGGAAAAACAAUUACGAUAACUUCAUCAAGGAGGUGGAGAAAGAAGAAGCAAAGAAAAGUGAGUGGGCUGAUUUUCCUGGAACACUUAUUGUACAGAAGAAAAAAGCAAAUCAGAAGGUUUUGGCUAACAAAAAAGACAAUGUAGUAAAAGCCACUGCAUCUAAACCUACUGAAGUAGAUGAAGUAGAUAAGGUUGAUGAUGGUAUGGAAGUGCCCAAAAAUAACAAUAAGAAAAGAAAGCUGAAUGCAAAGGAGGAUUCAAGUACAAAGAAUACAAACAAAAACAACAAAUCAAAGAAGUUGAAGAAAAAUGAAGUUGUGGUACCUAUUAAAAAGACUGUUGAAGAAAUGUCUGAGGAAGAAAGAAGAAAAUUUGAAAAGAAGAAAGAUAAGAAGGUAAAGCAGUUAGAAAAACGAAAGAUAAAGAAACAACAGAUGAAAGAACAAAAAGAAGCAAAUAAUAAUGUUCAGAAACCACAAAAUACUAAACUUUCACCCAAAGUGAAGAAAUUCGAUUCAAAUAAAGAGCAUAAACGUCGCAAACCGGUGGAAGAAGUACAGAAAUUAAACAUAAAUGGCAAAGAAAUCGAUGUGGUUCUUUAUGAUGGUUUUCCCAUUAAACGUGAGGAUGCUGAUCGACUUCAUGCACUCCGGAAGCAGAUGAUCAGUAAAGGUUUGCCUCGCAGCGAGGUGAAUAUGGCGAUGAAGUUGGAGCGUCGUCGGGCAGAGAAGGCGCUCACACGGGACAAGAAGAACGUUUGCUACAAUUGCCGACAAUCGGGACAUGUCCUCUCCGAAUGUCCGGCAAUUGCAGCUGAUGGUAACAUGGACACCGCCGCUAGUGGUAUUUGCUUUAAGUGCGGCUCCACGGAGCACACCGCUUUCGCCUGCAAGGUUGUCAAGAGUCAGGAAUUCCGUUUUGCGUCGUGUUUUAUUUGUAAGGAACAAGGACAUAUUUCUUGGCAAUGCCCGGAUAACGCACGUGGCUUGUAUCCGAAGGGAGGCGGGUGUAAACUAUGUGGCGAUGUUACACAUCUGAAAAAGGAUUGUCCGAAGCACGUUGCCGAGCAAGAGGCAGGCGCAAUUAGUUUGCCUACUCUCACAGAUUCCAAUCCGGAUGCUUUAGAGUUUCAGACGACUGGAUCAGUUGCUUCAGGAGGCCCUAAAGCUAACAAGAUUAAACAAGUUAAAUUUUAAAGCUGUGUACCGCAUUUUACCCUGAUAUAUAAUUGCGCAUUGAAUUAUUGUACAAGUACAAUUAAUUCUGGCUUGUGAAAGCAUAUAUGAAUGAAUUUUGGACCUGUUCUUUGCACACUUCAAUAAAACAUUAUUGGUUUUUGUUUCAAGAAA